AUGCAGGGUCCAGAUCCAUCGCUGGCAUAUCGGCCAAAUCUGGAGAAGAAUGAAGCUAAAGAGAAGGAGGACUACAGGAACUUCGAGAGCGGAAGUCUGUUUGACCGUGUGUUCAACACGUACAAGCUGAUGCACACCAACCAGACGCUGGACUUUGUCAAACAAAAGCACUCUGAAUGGACCGGCUGCAGCCACACUCAGAUGGGGAUGAUGGACGCGAUCAUGUCUCUAGACCAGCUGGUGGACGAGUCCGACCCUGAUGUGGACUUCCCCAACUCCUUCCACGCCUUCCAGACUGCCGAGGGCAUCCGCCAGGUGCACCCAGACAAAGACUGGUUCCAGCUGGUGGGUCUGAUCCAUGAUGUUGGAAAGACAAUGGCUCUCUGGGAUGAACCCCAGUGGGCUGUAGUAGGCGACACCUUCCCAGUGGGCUGCAAGUUUCAAAACUCCAUCGUGUUCAGAGACAGCACCUUCCUGGAAAACCCAGACGACAAAAAUCCCAGAUACAAUACUGAAUACGGGAUCUAUGAACCAAACUGUGGGCUCGACAAUGUCCACAUGUCCUGGGGUCAUGACGAGUAUCUCUACAGAGUUAUGAAGUUCAACAACUGCUCCAUCCCAGAGGAGGGCCUGUACAUGAUCCGCUUCCAUUCAUUCUAUCCCUGGCACUCCCAUGGAGACUACAUGCAUCUGUGCGAUGACAAAGACCUGCGCAUGCUGCCCUGGGUCCAAGAGUUCAACAAAUUUGACCUGUACACAAAGACCACCGACCUGCCCGAUGUCGACAAGCUGAAGCCGUACUACCAGUCUCUGAUCGACAAGUACUGUCCUGGAAUACUGAAGUGGUGA